AUGAGAGAAGAUAACAGGUCCUCUGCCCUGGAGUUUAUCCUCCUGGGAGUCAGCAGGAAGCAGGAACAGGAAGAUUUCUUCUUCAUCCUCUUUCUCUUCAUUUACCCCAUCACACUGAUUGGAAACCUGUUUAUCAUCUUGGCCAUUCGCUCCGACACUAGACUUCACAACCCCAUGUAUUUUCUCCUUGCUAACCUCUCCUUUGUUGACAUCUUCUUUUCUUCUGUAACCAUCCCUAAGAUGCUAGCCAACCAUCUCUUGGGCACCAAAGCCAUUUCCUUUAGGGGCUGUCUGACACAGAUGUAUUUCAUGAUUGCCUUGGGUAACACAGAUAGCUAUAUCCUGGCUGCGAUGGCAUAUGACCGUGCAGUGGCCAUCAGCCGCCCACUUCAUUACAUAACAAUUAUGAGCCCACGAACUUGUGUCCUGCUAGUUGUUGGGUCCUGGGUGGUUGGAAAUGUCAACGCCCUCCCCCACACUCUGCUCACAGCUAGUCUAUCCUUCUGUGGCAACCAGGAAGUGGCCAGUUUCUACUGUGACAUUACCCCUUUGCUCAAGCUGUCCUGUUCUGACAUCCACUUUAAUGUGAAGAUGAUGUAUCUCGGGGUUGCUGUUUUCUCUGUGCCAUUGCUAUGUAUCAUCAUCUCCUAUGUAAAGGUCUUCUCCACAGUCUUACGUGUCCCAUCCACCAAGGGUGUGCUCAGAGCCUUCUCUACCUGUGGCUCCCACCUCACAGUGGUUUCUUUGUAUUAUGGGACAGUCAUGGGCAUGUACUUCCGCCCCCUGACCAGUUACAGCUUAAAAGAUGCUGUGAUAACUGUGAUGUACAUCGCAGUGACCCCAAUGUUAAAUCCUUUCAUCUAUAGUCUGAGAAACCGGGACAUGAAGGCUGCCCUGGAAAAACUCUUCAGCAAGAGAAUCUCCAUGUAA